AUGCCCUCCUGGGCCUUCUUGGUGGUCACCUCCUGCCUCCUCCUGGCCUCCCAAAACCUGGCACAAGUCACCAGCCAAGAUGCCUCCUUGCUGGCCUCGGACUCAGAGCCCCUGAGCUGUUUCUCUCGAACAUUUGAGGACCUUACUUGCUUCUGGGAUGAGGAAGAGGCAGCACCCAAUGGAACAUACCAGCUGCUAUAUGCCUACCCAGGGGAGAAGCCCCGUGCCUGCCCCCUGAGUUCCCAGAACAUGCUUCCCUUUGGAACCCGAUACAUGUGCCAGUUUCCAGCCCAGGAUGAAGUUCGCCUCUUCUUUUCCCUGCACCUCUGGGUGAAGAAUGUGUUGCUGAACCAGACUCUGACCCAGCGGGUGCUCUUUGUGGAUAGUGUGGGCCUGCCAGCUCCCCCCAGUAAUAUCAAGGCCAUGGGUGGGAGCCAGCCAGGAGAACUUCAGAUCAGCUGGGAGGCCCCAGCUCCUGCAAUCGGUGAUUUCCUGAGACACGAACUCCGUUAUGGUCCUGAGGAUUCCAGGAACACCACUGGUCCCAUAGUCCUGCAGCUCCUGUCCUCAGAAACCUGCUGCCCAGCUCUAUGGAGGCCCAAUCCAGCCCCAGCUCUGGACCAGCUUCCAUGUGUUCAACCCAUGAUGCCCCAACAGGAUGGACCAGAGCAGACCUCCCCAACUAGAGAAGCUCCAUCUCCAGCAGUGAUGGGUGGAAGUUGCCUCAUCUCAGGGCUCCAGCCUGGCACCUCCUACUGGCUCCAGCUGCGCAGCCAACCUGAUGGGAUCUCUCUCCAUGGCUCCUGGGGAUCCUGGUCACUCCCUGUGACUGUGGACCUGCCUGGGGAUGCAGUGGAAAUUGGACUGCAGUGCUUUACCUUGAACCUGAAGAACAUUACCUGUCAGUGGAAGCAACAGGACCACAUUAGCUCCCAAGGUUUCUUCUACCACAGCAGGGCACGAUGCUGCCCCACAGACAGGGACACCACCUGGGAGAAGUGUGAAGAGGAGAAAAAUCCAGGAUUACAGCCCUCCCAGUUCUCCCGAUGCCAGUUCAAGUCACGAAAUGACAGUGUUAUUCACAUCCUUGUGGAAAUGACCACAGCCCAGGGUGUUCACAGCUACCUGGGCUCUCCUUUCUGGAUCCACCAGGCAGUGGUCAUCCCCACUCCAAACUUACAUUGGAGGGAGGUCUCCAGUGGGCAGCUGGAAUUGGAAUGGCAGCACUCAUCAUCCUGGGCAGCCCAGGAGACCUGCUAUCAGCUGCGAUACACAGGAGAAGGCCAUCAGGACUGGAAGGUGUUGGAGCCACCUCUCGGGGCCCAGGGAGAGACCCUGGAGCUGCGCCCACGCUCUCGCUACCGUUUACAGCUGCGCGCCAGGCUCCACGGCCCCACCUACCAAGGACCCUGGAGCACCUGGUCUGACCCAGUCAGGGUGGAGACGGCCUCCGAGACGGCCUGGAUCUCCUUGGUGACCACUCUGCUCCUGGUGCUAGGCCUCAGCGCCCUCCUGGGCCUGCUGCUGCUGAGGUGGCAGUUUCCUGCGCACUACAGGAGCCUGAGGCAUGCCCUGUGGCCUUCACUCCCAGACUUGCACCGGGUCCUAGGCCAGUACCUUACGGAUGCCACAGCCCUGAGUCCGCCCAAGACUACAGUCUCAGAUGCCUAUGAAGAAGUAGAACCCAGCCUCCUUGAAAUUCUACCUAAGUCCUCAGAGAAGACUCCUUUGCCCCUGUAUUCCUCCCAGGCCCAGAUGGACUACCGAGGACUGCCAACUUCUUGCCUGGGGACCAUGCCCCUGUCUAUGUGCCCAUCCAUGGCUGAGACAGGGUCUUACUGCACCACUCAUAUUGCCAACCAUUCCUACUUGCCACUGAGCUGUUGGCAGGCCCCUUGCUCCCAUUCCCCUGGACAGAUCCAAACCCUCUAGACCUCUCCUGAAGCUCCCUGUGCAAACCCACCCACCCCCAACCAACAUCAGCCCUCAUAGUUGGGCUUCACAACAUUGACCGCAGUACUGUUGCUGACAUAAAGUCAGGACCCUCUCUUGUCAGACCAAAGCUCAUUUGACUAAGUUUCUCUUACUUUCAACUUUCUCUGUCCUCUUGAAAGCCAAACUCCUCCAAAAGAAGUCACCACUUCCCACUUCCCACCAGCUUUUCAGACUAUUGCAAUUCAUUCCACCACUACCGCUUUGCUAAUGAAGCAGUCAGGAAAAGCUCACCUCAAACUUUCUAACUGCAAGAUCCAGUAGGAUCUUGUUAAUCCUCAGUUUAUUUGAUUUCUUGGUGGCAUUUGUCAUGUGACUCCUCCUUUCGCCCUUACAUUCUCUCCCACCUUGGCUUCCAUACCACCACCACCUGUCCUGGCUCUGCCCCUGACUCAGAGUAUACUCAGAACACAACUCUGGAAUCAGAGCUAGGUUCAAGUCCUGCCUUACCCCCUUGCCAGCUGUGAGAUGUUGAGUGAAUAACUUAAAACCCUUUGAGCCUUAAUUUUCUCAUCUAUAAAACAGGGGUAGCAACAGAACCCCAUAGAGUUGUGAAGAGGUUUAAGGGAGGUAAUCUAAGUAAUCUAUGCCUAGGACAUAGUAAGCAUUUCAUAUAUCUGAACUAUAAUUAUUCCUUCCUAUUGUCUUACUCGGACGUGUUUCCACUCCUUAAUUAUUACAGUCCCUCAGGAGUCCAUUUUAACACAGUCUCUACUCCCACCCAUUCUUACUGCCUCUCCUAUAUCCAAAAGUUCUUCUCCCCAGCCUAGACUUCCACUACAGCACCUGUGAUGCCUUAUGCAGGUAACUGUUUACUUGUCUGUCUCCCACUACUAGAUUGUGAGCUCCAUGAGGGCAAGGGCCAUCAUUGUCUUUUCUCCCCAGCACCUAGAGUAGUGCGUGGUGCAUGGUAGUGGGUCUUCAAUAAGUGUUUUCUAAAUGUUUCCCUCUUCCUCUAAGCUCUUCAUAUACAGUGGAGAAUGUGAUGAGGGCCAUUCUGGUUAUGGAUUCCCCUCACCCAUUCAAAUUCCCAAAAUAAAUGGUAUUUUUUUGCUGGUUUCAAA